AUGUGGCAUCUUGCCAUUAUGACGGUCAUUCUCUUCGUCGCCUUGGUUUUGAAUAUCUACGUUCUAGUCGAUAUGCACCGAAAGGAAUGUAAUAUUAUCGAAACUCAAAACUAUGAGGCGGUCAAAGAGGGUUCUUUCGAAAUCUGGACUGGAGUAAUUAACUUCUUCCCGGAACUCCACGAUGUUGCACCGAAAGCCUUGCAGCCACUACACUUAUCGCCUACGAAAUCAGUACACAAAAAGCUGGUCAUUGGGAUACCACUUGCCGCAGAAAGGACCAGGUAUAUUAGUGGAACACUUUCGUCACUGUUUGACAAAUUGGAUGAAGAUUACAGGAACGAUGUAAUGGUUCUCCUCAUGAUUGCAUCUAACGAGACAGACGCUGAGAAUUUUAGCGAGAAAACUGCAUGGAUACAAGGAAACUUUUCAAAGGAAAUCGAAAGUGGCCUCAUGAAAGUGAUUGCUGUGCCCAAAGCGUGGUACAGAAUAGCUGUUCGGAGCGUUCCGCCCACAUUUGGUGACCCACUGGAAAGGAUGUACUGGAGAACGAAGCAGAACAUAGAUUACAUUUACAUCAUGACAUACGCCAGUCAAAUGUGUGACUAUUAUUUACAACUGGAGGAUGACGUCGAGGCUGCGAAUGGAUAUAUGCGUGUGAUCUUCAAUUACUUGAUUUUCAAGAGCAAUAGUCCGUGGUUUCUUAUAAGCUUUACAACAAUCGGCUUUAUAGGGAAACUGUUCAGGUGUCCAGAACACGUACGUAAUCGCUUCUGUGGAAUCGGCUUCUUAUUCAGUCUUCUUCCGGUCGGUUCACUGAUUACCCUAAUGUCGCCACUAUCAAGGUCGUGA